AUGGAGCGACAUCUACGCACUAGGAUCCUCGUUUCCCCGUCUCUCAUGGCUCCUAUCGCUGAUGAGGGUUUCCCGACUGUCUCCAUGGCUUUCAACGCCGGGGAUUCAUCCUGCUUCGGCUAUGACCACGGGAAUCUCCCACCGUUUCCGGAAAGCCUCGCUUCUAUGGAUCCCAGUCCCAAGCUCAAGGCUCCUAAGAUCGAAACCAUGCUUAAUGAGAAGCAGCGCCGGUUCCAUGGAUUCACAGAGCUCCCCGAUUACCAAUCCCUGGAAUCGCCCAACCUCUCUUCAGUCACCGCCGAGUCGUCCCACAAAAGGUACCGAUCUCCUCCCCUUGCUCCCCCUUUUCCGAAAACUCCGUCGGAGAUGAACUUCCAGCUGAAUGCCGGUCUAAGGCCCUCAGUGGUGCCGAGGAGCGACAUUGCGAGAUCGAGGCGAAACAGGAUCAGCGAUCGUACCCAGAUCCUACAGGGGCUGAUGCCGUGGGAGAAGAAGAUGGAUACGGGGACAAUGCUUUUGGAGGCGCACAAGUACGUCCGAUUCUUAGAGGCCCAGGUCACAGCCCUCCAAUCCAUGCCGGUCUCUUCCUCGGGAUUCAACCCUUCACCGGUUCCAUGCCGUGCCGGUGGUCUAGACGUGCUGAGCCGCCAACAACUCCUGCAAGUCAUGGUGAACUCCGCGCCAGUGCAGGACUUCCUCUACAAGAAGGGCUUCUGCGUCUUCUCAGCCGAGCAGUUGGCCAUGCUUCGCCAAGUCAUCCAGCGCCGCCCUCAAAUCCUCCUCCUCCUCGACUCCAACUCCAACCACAGUGAGUUAUCCUCUCCUAACUAA